AUGAUCAGCGCGGACAUCUGUGGAGACUCAGCCAUGAAAGGUGAACUGCUCCUGCUUUCAAGUAUGAUUUUCCUGCUCCAGGGGGCACGUGGCUGCCCGGAGAACUGCCACUGUCACUCAUCUUCCAGUUUUGUGGACUGCAGCCAACAGGGUUUGGCAGAAAUCCCUACUGAUCUGCCUGCUACGACACUAUGGUUGAACUUACAAGAUAACCAGAUACACCAGAUCCCUGCUUUCGCAUUUCAGUCAGUGCCCCAGCUCACGACCUUAAACUUGGCCAACAAUUCCCUCUCACAUCUGUCCCCUGCGGCUUUCCAGGGCCUUCCGCACUUGCAGGUUUUAAACCUAACUCAGAACUCCCUGUUCUCCCUGGACAACACAAUUUUCCAUUCUCUCCCUGAGCUGAGGGAGCUUGAUUUGUCAUCAAACUCCAUAAGCCACCUUCCCACAAGCCUGAGUGAGACUUGGGAGAAUUUAACUGUGUUCGCAGUACAACACAACCGGCUUCAGCAUCUGGAUCGGGCACUCCUAGAGUCCAUGCCCAGCGUGAAGCUUUUGUAUCUCAAAGACAAUCUCUGGAAAUGCAAUUGCCACUUGCUCAGGCUGAAGCUCUGGCUGGAGAAGUUUAUCUAUAAAGGAGGCAUCACAGAUGGCAUCGUCUGCAGGUCACCCGACCCCUGGAAAGGAGAAAAACUCCUCGCGAUUCCUCACGAGCUGUACCAGCCCUGCCUGCUUCCUUCUCCUGAUGCAGCGUCCUCAUGGGUUCAGCAGCCCGGCUCUGCCCACAGGGGAGCCCUGAAGCCUACCGAGAGCCACGGCUCCGAGUGCGAGCUCAAACCCAAGCCGAGGCCAGCCAACCUGCGUCACGCCAUCGCCACCGUCAUCAUCACGGGGGUGGUGUGUGGCAUCGUGUGUCUCAUGAUGCUGGCAGCUGCCAUCUAUGGCUGUGCCUAUGCAGCUAUUACAGCCCAGUAUCAGGGUAGGCCGUUGGCUCCAAACCAUGAGCCUGGGAAGGCAGAGGGCAAAGGGCUGUUUGACAGUUCACCAGCUUAA